AUGACGUUCGGCAGAGACGCGCGCCCUUAUGGAGGCUAUCCCCAGGCAAAACAAUGUCUGACACUGCCCCCAUGCACUUGGCAACCAGCGGACAAGGAAGUGAGGUCACCACGGGGGCCCAUUCAUCAGUCCUUCCACAAGUGUAGUAUAGUUUCCUCUCAAGACCUGGUACAGACGGACAGCCCUAACUUCCUCUGCAGUAGCCUGCCUCAACACUGGAGGUGUAAUAAGACUCUACCUAAAGCCUUCACUGUGGUGGCUCUGGGCGGUGAUGUUGCAGAUGGUGUGGUCAUCACAGUGAUGGCUGGUAAUGAUGACAACAGCAGCGCUGAGCUACGCAACGCCACAGCGAUCAUGAAGCAAGGCCAUGCCCACUUCAACGACCUCCGCUUUAUAGGACGCAGUGGGAGAGGAAGGAGUUUCACCGUGUCAAUCAAUGUGUUGACCACACCUCCUCAGAUUGCAACUCUGCAGAGAGCCAUCAAGGUUACGGUGGAUGGGCCCCGACUGCCUAGACGACAGAGACAGAAGGAGAUGAAGUCAGUCGAGUUCAAGUCUCGCAACAGCCAUGCAUCCUCAGACUCUAGAUCUCUUCCCACCUCUUUUUGGACCAGUGAGCCAUCAUUUCUAGGUCAGGUACCUUCCCUGGGGUCAACCUUCACUCAAGCUCCCAGAAUGCAUCACCUAUCCUCCAUCCCUUACUCCAACCCUUCUCCAUCUUACGCCUCUCAUCGGCCUCCUCCUAUGAGCCACAGUGGGCCGUUUCAGCCCGGUAGCUUCUACUUUGGACCAAGCCAACUGCACCAAGGUACGGGGGAGGAACGUUACUACACAAAUCCACUCAUCAAUCACGCUGAAGGAACACAUCUUUCUAUCAGAGGGGAAGAGCCUGUUUGGAGGCCCUAUUGA